AUGGAAGACGGCAAUGACUCUGUAUAUAUUGACGAACAGCUAAAAGACUCAUUAAAACGCCAAGUAACAAAUAUCUAGAUAAUCGAAAUUAAAAAAGAAAUCAUUGAAGAAAAAGCCAAACUGAAAAGCAAAGAUCUUGAAUUAAGAAGGAAAAUCGAUCACGAAAAAGCUCAAGAAAUUUUGAAAACUUUGAAAAUAAAAAAAAAAUCAGCAGAUUUGAAGCAUUAUUUAGAGGAGUCACAGAAACAGUGAAUUUUGGACUUUAAUCUUGCGAAUAAUAUUAUACAAGUGAGAUAUACCAAAUUAAAUUAAUUAAUUUUUUUUUAAAAUAUUUAAAUUGAAGCACCCAGUAUAAUAUGAACAAUUUUAAGCAAAUAAGAAAUAUAUUUAGACUGCAAAAAUAAUGUGUAAGAGAAAUCAUAUUAGAAGGGUCAAUAACUUAACGAAACUUUACAAGCUUCUUCUUCCAAGCUCUUUAAUAUAUUCGAAUUUAAAAGACUCUUCAAAACUCCAUCCUGAUAACAAUAAUGAGUUAAAAUUUUUGACCCUUGAGACUGAAGAAGAGCCUACAGAAGAAAAAAUGACGUUAAUUGAUGUAGAAUUUACCCCAGCGUAUACAGCUGGGCAUCUUCAAGCUGUAAUUAGAGGGGAAUGCUCAGAUUUGUAUACAGAGAGAAAUAAUGAAGCUCAAUAUCUUGAAAAUAAACUCCAAACGAUGAGAUUUACGUUGAAAAAUUUCAUUAAAAAAUUAAAAAGAAAAGAUGAAGCUGAUAUCUCUAAUUCCCCUGCUUAAAUUUAUUUUUAUUAAAUAAAAAUUUAUUAUAAAUAUUUUUUUAUUUUGAUAAUAAAAAGUAAGGAAGAAAAAGCUGAAGACACUUCUAUGGAAAACAGUUUGAAUUUAUCAGAAAUAAAUUCAGGACUUGCCAACUUUGACAUAACAGUUAAUGAUUUAUCAUUUGUAGGAGAAGAAAGACUUGGCAGCUUAUCAAUGCCAGAAAUAAUUGCAAAACCGCAGUCAGGAUUUCUAUCAUAUAAUGACUCAAUUUUAGCUAAUCUUAAUGAAAAAAAUGACUACGAGAUUAAAAAAUCGCCUACUUUUUCGAAUGAACAUAUAGAAGAAGAGCAAUCUAUCAUCGACAUUUCAAACAUCCCAAUUGCUUUUAAUGAAGAUAUUUCAUUAGAUUCUUUACUACACAACAGUAACUCUGAAAUAAAAAGUUCUCCAGCCCCAGCCAAAAAAUCUUGAUUAAAGUGUAUAUGUUCUUGCCUAUACAAAAAAUAA